AUGUAUGCUAGCACCUUAGCUAAGAUUUAUGAUCAUGCUUUAUAAAAUGAUAUCUAGAAAAUAAACUUAAUCACCUAUGGCAUUUCGAAUCAUGGCAAAAAGAAUUUAAUUCUCGGAUUUAUUUCAUCAAACGAUGGGACAAAGUUUAUUGAUAAAUUCUCACUUGAAAAUUAAGAGGCAGUAUUAAUUGGGUAAGAAAUAUAUGGUCAGCAGAUGCUAAGAAUUAAAUCAAAGGAAGGAAUAGCAGACUUUGUUAAAUACAUAAGCAACUAAAGCCUCUAAACAACUAGUUUGAUCGUUAUUUAAACCACAAAAAUAACAGUUAGAGUCAUCUUAACAAGUUCCCUUCCUUAAAUUUAAUAGAAUAAAAGCAUUCAAAAUAUGCUCAGAAUUUUCACAAUGAAUAAUAGCAUUAUGCUUUCAUUUGUUUGCCUUGAUAAGAAUACUAAACUGAAAGAAGACUUGCAAAAAGUGUAUCAAUUCACAUAAUUUUUUAGAGAUAUCAAGAGUGCGAACACCACAAAUUAAUCAUAAGCUUAGAAGAAUAACCUCUAGAGUAUUAUAUAAAACCUCCCUUCCAAUAUACUCCAACCCAAAAUAAUAAAUUCGCUAGGAAUAUUGAAAAAUAGUUAGCCUAUCAAAAGCUCUAAGUCAACUUCAAAAUCCUCAUUUCAGUUUUAUUAAGGUGACAUUGCAAGCAAGCAAGAUAAGCCAUAAAAAAUUUCUCAAAGUUCAAAGAUUGGAAGCAUUCCUUCAACUUAACUCCUGGAAAGUUAUACAUGCAAAAAUCAGGCUUCUAAAAGAAUGACCACCAUAAAUGAAUAACCAAGAGAAGAUCAAAAUGAAGUGACAACUAUUAUGUCUCAAACCGAUUAGUCCUUACUUUCUGACAGUGAUACUGAUAGAAUUAGUAUAUCUAAUAUCAUGAAAACUUAGCUGAAUAGAGGUGAGAGUCAAUAAUCUACAAGGAGUGGAGGUCAUACAAAUGGUUAAAAAAACAAACCUGAGAUUUAAUUAUUGCUGUAAACUUAAGAGGAAUAUUAAUUGACAGAGCAAAUAAAUGAAAUUGACUCUUAAGUAAAAAAACUUAAAGCUGAUCUCCACAAGCAGUAAAAAAGAUCCACUUAAAAAAAUUAGAAGUAAAUGAUUGAUGGGAUUAAAAAUUAAAUUAAAUCUUAAGAAGAGGGAAUGAAAUCAUGCUAAGAUAAACUAACAAAAGUAAAGUAGGAAAAAGAGCAAUUAAGCAGGAAAAUCAACUAGCCAUUGAGUUAAUUAUAGUCUCUAUCAAAAGAGAAUAAAUUGACUAUAAUAGAUCUUGAGGAGAGUGAGAAGGACAAGAAACUUAGAGAAAUGGAAGAAAUUAUUAAGUAAAUGUCGAAGAAACUUCAAGAAAAAGAUGAUAUAAUAGCUGAAACUUAAAAGUUAUCAAAUAUCUCAGACACUAUUAAAACUUUAAAUUAAAAGAAGCUAUUACUCCAAUCUAUAGAGGUGAAGCCAAAUCAGUUUUCAGAAAAGUUAUAGCAAAAUAACAAUAUUUCAGCAAGCAAAAUUAAUGAAUUGGCAUUCAGUCCCACACUUUCUAGAAAACAACUUGAAAUGAAGAAAAAUUAAGCGGCAAUGAGCAGAUAAAAAAGUGGAGCUUCUCUUAGCUCAUAAUUUUAAUAACUAUAGACCCUAACAGAAUCAAGCUCUUUAGCAAUCUUGCCCACCGGAACAUUUGAGGAAAAGAAGGAACUCAAAGCUCUACCUGAUAAGAAAAAGAACAACAGCACAGCCAAUCUCUUCAAAUGGUCUAAACCUACUGUAAGUAUUAAAAUAGCUACAGAUGAUAGCCAUAAUGGAUCUAUUAGCAGUGGCAACACAAGUAUUAGAAAUAAUAAUUAAGUAACUUAAAGUAUUGGAAACACUCAGGUACUACAAUAGACUGUAAGUAAUAAGAUAUCUAUUCAAAAUAAAAUGAGUAUGGUAAGCAGUCUUACUAGUUCCAAUAAAGCUCAUGUAUCCAGACAUUAGUCCUAUCAAGAACUUGUUACAGAACAGAGCAAUGAUAGUGUCAACUCAAGACUCUAAAAAGCCACAAAGAAAACAACUGUACCAAAAAAGAAAGUGAUUGAUAAAGAUAUUGAAAAAGAGAAUAAAAAGUAAUCAAAGGCAGAUUUCUAGAAUGAUGAAGUAGAUGAGGGAGUCUAAAAUAUUAAAAAAUCUAUUGUCCCUAUUCGAUGUAUUAAUAAUCUCAUAGUUCAAGAAACCUAAAAAAGGCCUACAUCCACAAAUUCAUCUUGUCAUCCAGUUGUUACAGAGAGAAGUAUUGGUGGGGGUAUAAAUUCUCCAUCAUCAAUAGAAGCUCAAAAGAAAAUGAAAGCUAAAAUAAUGUCUUCAAAGGUCAAUGAAAAGUAACUAAAAAAUGAUAUCUCUAUAUUCAAGGAAACUUCGAAUAGUCAUCUCUACCAUAAAAAUAGGCAGCUCAUGUAAUCUUCAAUAAAAAGUGAGGAGAAAAUUAUUGUAGAUUUAACUGAUGUAAAACUAAAACAUUAAAACAGUAGAGAUGAUUAAAUUACACUUAGAUUGACCAAGUAAGAAACAAUAUUGACUGCAGAUGAUGUAACUAACAGUAGUUACUGUAAUGAGGAUAUUUAGAAUACUCCACCAAAGAUAAAAUUAAAGAUGAGUUAACUUGCUAGCAAAAAUAAAUUCUCAAAUUAAGCCUAAAAGCCUAAGGCUACCAUUGAUUUGAUCUCUAAAAGUUAAUUUCACUUUAAUCAGGAGAGAGGGGAUCCUAUUUUGAUAAAAUCUUAGGAGAUAGAUCUAACUAAUGAUAAAAAUGAGAAUUAGGCUAGAAAUAACUCAAAUGCUAGAGAAAAUUCAAUAACCAUUGUGCAAAGAAAGGAAAGAUUAGAUACCUUUUUAAGGAAGAGUUUUGAGUUAAUGACCACUCUUAGAACAUCAGCAGAUUAAAUAGCUCAGCUUAAACCGAUUAAUAGAGCUGCUAUUAGGUUGCAAUCUCAAGAGAGAUCUGGCAUAAUGUCUACAAAAAAUGCAUGCUACGAGUCUUAAAAUCUUAACAAUAUGCAAGGAUCAUUUAAUUCACAAAUAGCAUAGAGUCUAGACAAUAGAAAAACAAUUCUCUUUGGCUAUUCUAAGAGUCCGACAUAAUAAAAAUAGGUCUUUUCUAAUCUUCAAAAUAUUACAAAUGAUAGCAUACUUGAGUAAAGUAGGACAGUUGAUGGCAGACAGAAUACCACUUAACUGAACUUUAAUUCCUUGGUGGAGAAAUCAAUGAACGGUCUUAAAAAUUAUAAUUCUUCAGCUAUAAAGUAAAAUAAUGCUAAUCUGAAAGAAUAGAUUAUUGCCAAGUGCAUUAGAACUGGAACUACAACCUAAAUGAAUGAAACUCAAAAUCUUAGUUCCACGUAGCUUAGAUGGAUGAAUAGGACAUUAUUGAAUAAAUGCAAAUCUAAUGAGUCUCUAUAAUGUAUCACUUAAAGCUAGAUAAAUCAUGCCUAAGUUGAAAGACCUAGAAGUAUCACUAUAAACUAGCAUUAGAGUCCUGGAAAUUUUCUAGGAUAAUCAAGAGACAGCAAUAUCAUCAAAUAAAUUGAUGAGAAAAACAUACCUAAAUGGGGUGAGUUGGCUAAUAUUAUUAAACAAAACUUUUCACCCACCCACUCAUAAUAGAAUUCUUAAUAAAAUGCUUAGUCUUUCCAAAAUUGUAUGCCUUUUGAAGAUAAAACUUAAAUGAAUCCUUAAAAGCAAUAUUUAGUUCGACAUAAUAAGAUAGAUCUAUCUCAAUCAGUAAAUAAUUAGGUAAAUGGUAUAGCAACUUUUGCAAGGCCUCCCACUAAUCCAUUGAAUGUAAGGAAGAGAAGACUAAAUGAGCAUCCCAUAGAUGAUUUACAAAACUAAUCUACAGCCGGAAAUAAUAUUCAAGAAUAGAACUAGCUAGGGAAUUUAUAAUUUGUUAGAGGUAGAUCAGAAAGCCACUAUCUACCUGGCAUUUAGAAUCAUAAAGAGUCAACUAUUCGUACUCCAAGAGAAUAACUAUUUGAGUAUAAUCUUCUCAAUAGUCCUAAUCAUGGCUUGAAACUGUCUGGUGAAUAAUUUAAUAGUACAUAUUAUCAAAGAAGGCUAUUAUAGCAACAAUCUCAUCAUAACCUCAACUAGUUUUAGCAUUCAAAUACAAAUGAUAAUUCAUUGAGCAACCUUUUUGGUACUUAAACAGCAAUCGGAAAUCAUUCAGUUGGAAAAAUUAAUCUAAACAUAAAUACAAAAGGAGCUUCACAUGGCAACUUCUCAUCAUCAGCUGAUUUUACCAAGGGAUUUUUCACAGCUUUAGUAUCUCCAUAAUAUAUUCCCGAACCGAUUGGUAAUAGAGAGAAAGCUAGACCUGAAGUAACUGAAUUAAUAGAGAGAUAGAGAUCAAGAAUCAAUAGUCAAAACAGAAAGAAUACAAAUCCUAUAGGUGGAACGGAUUCAAAUUAUAUAUCAAACGUUUGA